AUGAACAGCUUCUCAAUCUUGUUUCUUCUCACAAUAUUCAGCAUUUUGUAUGUAGUGGAAGUUAUAUCUGCUGCUCCAAAUUAUGAGGGAUUCAAUGAUGAUGACGGAGAUAUCUACGAGUUACUCACAAAAGCCAGCCUUCAUAAACGCUUCCGUGGAGAGCCUAUCAGGUUUGGAAAGCGUUCCCCUCGUGUACCUAUUCGAUUUGGCAAGCGAUCUGAGCCAUUUUACGAAUACAAUUGA